GAAAGACUUAUAUACUGGUUAAUCUGGAUAGGAUUUUAUUGCCAUGUUUAACAUAAAAAGAAAUUAGACGUUUUCUAAAUCUGUUUAAUUUUCAAUGGUAAAAAGGGCUCAAGGUUCAAAGCUGGUAUUGGCAAUUUUAUUGUCAUCCAAGAUAAGAAAAAUAUUGGGUUAUGAAUUUCAAGAGUCAGUCAGUAGAACUGAAACAAUUGUUUUGUUAUUGCAGAGAAGAUACCUCCUUUGGAAUCAGUAAAACUACCUGCUCUUCCAGUUUUUGGUCCCAGAAAAGAAUGUAAGUAUUUGAGCUAUUUUGACACACCCAUUUACAUAUGCAAACAACAGUAAUUGCACUCUCCUGUUAUAACAAAGUUAAUUUUUAUUUGUGCAGGGAUUUUUUUUAUAAUUUUGGAAAGACAAAUGUUAAGUAUGCAAUGAAAGGAUUUUUUAAAAAAUCAAACACAAAAUAUAUAAGGAAACUAUUAAAAGCAUUACCUAAGCAGACGUAUUAAGCUAAAAAAAAAAGGUUGUUAUUCUUUUUUAUUUUUAAAUGUGGAGAAAACCCAAAUAGGUGAAUGGCAGGAUGGACUACAUAGUUUAAAGCAAUAGGCAGUAUGCAUAUUUGUGUUGACAUGUUCCAAGCUGAAAUCUGAGUUAAAGGUCAAAAACAAAGUUCCCAGACCCCAGUUGAAGAAUGCUACCUUCUUUCAUGUACUUUCCAACUCACAAAAUCAACAAAAUUUGAAACAUUAUAAAGUUAAAUUAUUAGAUAAAAACAUUGAAUUUCCCUAACAUAUAGACUUUUGCAGAUAAAGCCUUUGAUCUUAUCAACUCAUAUAAGCCAAUAACAUUGAUCAAAAUACAAAACAGUAAAAUAAGAUAAAGCAUAUUAAGAAAAGGAUGGCUAAUAUUCUUUCCAAAUACAUUUAUGAAGCAGGAUUUAUUAAAGACAACUUGCAUAUUCAAUAUGGAAAAAUCUCACUGUAAUCUGGAUAAAAAUCAAGAAAAGCAAUGAUCAAUACAGACAGUUCAUGAAUCACAAACAAUUGCUUACCUACUGUUUGAAAUUACAGUGGACCUACCCACAUAACAUUUAUGGCCAUUUCCAGCAUCCUGUGGUCACAUGAAAAUAGGUACUAAACAAGGAUGCCUAUUCUCCCAAUCAUGAUUUGAUAUAGUUAUAAAUUUAAUAAAGGAAAAAAAGACAAAGUUUGGAUAGAAACUUUGAUGUAUCAUCAAUGUUGCCUCUGAGUGAUAGCUUUUCUCCAAGAAACCUACUUUUUGUCUUCCAUAGUGUACCCAUCUCUGCUAUUAUUGAAUGCAGCUAUUUUGUUGCUGGUCAUCCUUUUUUUUCCUCUUUUUUUUCACCUUAUAGAAGUCUAUCAGGGAUCCAAUAAUCUUUGAUAGAUAUCAAGGUAUCCAAUAAUGUAUAUUGUUUCUUACUCUUUUCUCAAGCCAGUUUGAACAUUUGCCAUCUGCCUUUUCAUUUAGGGUUCUAAUUUCUGAUGGAUGUUCUUAAGCAUUAUCUUGCUAGCAUGCAAAAUUAAAGAUAUGGUACAAUAGCUUGCAUGCUUUGUUUUGUUUCUUUUCUCUGGUAUUAGAAUAUACAUUGAUCUAUUUUAAUUUGCUGCUCACUGUGUCAUUCUACAAAUCUGCUGGCAUAGUAUGGUUAGAACUUUUACAAAUUCUUCUUCUGUUGCUUACCAUAAUCCUGUAGAAAUUCUCAUCAAUUUCUGUAAGCUUCCAACUUGGUAAUGAUAGCAAUACUGAUAUAACUUCACUCUUCUGGGUAGGGAAUAUGUUCUAAGGAAUAUGAACAUCCAAGAAUAUGUAUCUUGGAUGUUCGUAACUCUAUAAUAAAGAAUUUCAAAAUUUAUUGAUUUUUCAUUUCAAUUUUUAUAGCUACCUAUUUCUAAUACAUGGUUCUGGGUGGCUUACAACAACAAAUAAUAUGAAACAAAGUAAUAUAAAAUCAUAUAUGCAAAACUAUAUAAAACCAUAUAAUACAGUAUGCAGUCAACGUAUAAAAAAAUAAAUAUAACUACUGUCUACAACACACCCAGAUCCCCAAACCUAGUGGCAAAACCACCUCUUUAUAUCUUUAUGAAAAGUCAGUAGACAUGGGGCCAAUCUGAUCCCUGAUGGGAAAGGAAUUGUUCCAAAAGGCUCUCUUCCUGGGCCCUAUCAGAUAGUGUUUCCUAACAGAUAGGACCUGGAGCAUGCCUCUUCUGCAGGAUCUAAUGGAGGAUGGAAGUAUCAAACUACAGUUUAUAAUGCCAAACACUGAAAGAGUGGCAAUUUCACAAAACAAAUAUUGAAGCAGUGAUUCUGCAGCACAUUUAGACCAAACUCUCUACUUAUACAAUGAUUAAAAUUAAUUUUUUUUAAAGAAUCAGGAAUAUGGACAUGUAAUUUCACUAGUUAAUGGAUAUAAAGUGGAUUAUAAAUAUGUACAAAUUAAUGGGCAGAAAUAUAAAGAAAAGGGAAGCUACAAUUCAUAGCACAUUAUAGACUAGAGUAAAUAAUAAUAAGAAAAGCACAUAUCAUAGUAGUUAGUAUCUGCACUUCUUUUUAAAAAACAGAUAUAACUAAUAUUUAGGAACUAUAUAAGAUCAUUUUCUUGUUCUUAGCGGGAAAGAUUUAAUAAAGAAUAAUUGUGAGCAUUUUUUCCUUAAUGUCACUUCUAUAUAUGCAUACUUUGGAUAAAAUACAUAUUUUGAUUUGUAACGUAUAUGAAGUGUUUUUCUCUUUGAAUUGACUUAUAUUGCCUUUCUUUAGGAUUCAAAGUGAUAUACAUAGCAAUUCCUCUUCCACUUUUCCCAGAAACUAUCACCCUAUGAGGCAAAGAUAUUAUAAAGAUUUGAACCUGGAUCUCCUGAACCCUAGUUCAGCAUUCUAAUUCACACACAUCAACGAGCAGAUUCAAUGAACCCUGAAAUGCAGCUGUACAUUUUCAUAACUGCUUGAAAAGAGAGUGACAAAGAUACCCAACCAUAGAAUGCUUUCUGUGGCUCCAUUUGCUCUAGAUUGAUGGCUAUACAAUAUAUUGAGAAUCAGACCUCAAUGUACCUCUGAACACCAAUUGGUAUAAUGGUGCUACUGGGGCACUGCUCUAUAAUAAUAACAGAAAUGUAUUGAAUUUAUAUUCUGUUACAUUCCCAGUGACUCUGAGCACUUUCCUUUAUGGAAAAAUCAGCUACAAAAAAAGCAAUGCGGAAUGCAGGCACUAGCGUAUUCUUUACAUUCUUAACUAAAUUCCAAUAUGUUUAUAAGAAUACAAGGAGAUUAGGUUUUUUAUUUUUACAAAGCAGCUCAAAGGAUGGAAGUCGGCUGUCCUGCUGAGAUUUCCGCCUUCAACUAGAUACCUUUUACUACAUAUCCUAAACACCGGCCUGCUCCAGGGAAUUCAGAGAGUUGUAGUCCAACACAAAAAGAGUACUAGUUGGAAAAGGUUGUGCUAGCGCAGCGGCUCUGAGCCAGCUAUUGGCACUAAGCAGAACAGCGGCCCCCUCCUUCUUAUCUCUUUCCUUGCCCGAAGGAGGGAAAAGAAUGUAAAAGAAUCAGCCGCUGCGGUCCGCUCGCCUGAUGGAAAUGGGGCUCAAACAACGGUCCAGAGAGAAUGGACUGCCGAGGGGGAGGCUUGUUCUUCAGAAGAGCUUGCAGGCGAACUCGAAUGAUGAAUAACCUCCAUUUGCUCACCCGCUAUCUCCGGGCACUGCAGAGGAUGAGCUGCACGGCUUGGUGCCCGGCUUUGGGGCAGUAAAAGUGCACUCUCUCCUUCUCCCUGUAUCUCCAUUUUCUUUGUGGGUACAAUCUUCGCUGGCCAGAGGGAGCGCGCGCGCGGACACGUGGUGUUAAAGGCAGCCACAAGGAACGACCGGUACCUCCCUGCGGCCCGCUCUCUCGCUCUCCGGGCGAAGGGGAUUAAGCUUAUGGCGCCCGGAAGGAGGCGGACAAUGCAGCGUCAAGGGCAUAAGGAGGACCUGGCAGGAUGCAUGUUGAAUAAAACUGUGUUGGGUGGAGCACUUAUUUCACUGUUUUGUGCCUCGCUUGGUUUGAAGUUCUACGCAAGUCUCGACCUAACAAAGUCCCCGUCCUGAAAGUUCCUUUUUUUUUUUGCACGUCACUCCAUUUAGCCCCGCCCAUGCUGCCGGGCGGGGCUUAAACACAACGCCAGGGGAAAAAGAGGUGUUGCCAAUGAAGGCAAGGGGGCGUGUCCUUAUCGCCGCGUUGAGGGCGCCAGUUGGGAGGCAGUCGCGGCCGGUGGUGGUAGAAGAAGGUGGGAGGGUGCACGCGCGGACGUCUGGUUGGCCGCUUGGCCAACCGUCCGUAAGGCGAGGUCGGCGGCGGUGGAACAGGGUGGCGCGCGCGCGGAGGGGCGCCCAUGGUGUGGCCUCAUGUCUAAGACGCUGCGGAGGAAGCGCCACUGGCUCAGCAAGGUGCAGGAGUGCUCCGUGUCCUGGGCGAGCGGCUCCGGCCCAGACCCCGACCUCCUGCGGGGCGGCGCCGAACGGGGAGAAUUCCCUUACCUCGGGGGCCGCCUGCUGACAGUGGCCGACUCCGGUGGCGGAGCUGGUUCUGUUUUGCUUUCAGGGAAGCCCCCUGCCUCCGGGGAUGUACUGCUGGAGGUAAACGGGACCCCGGUGAGCGGCCUCACUCACCGCGACACCUUAGCCGUCAUCCGCCACUUCAGGGAGCCGGUGCGCCUCAAGACGGUGCGACCAGGCAAAGUCAUCAACAAAGAUUUACGUCACUACCUAAGCCUACAGUUUCAGAAAGGUUCAGUUGAUCACAAACUGCAACAGGUUAUCAGAGAUAAUCUUUACUUGAGAACUAUUCCAUGCACCACAAGAGCUCCCAGAGAUGGGGAAGUCCCUGGAGUGGAUUAUAAUUUUAUACCUGUUGAUCAAUUCAAGGCAUUGGAAGAAAGUGGAGCUUUGCUAGAAAGUGGAACAUAUGAUGGUAAUUUCUAUGGGACUCCUAAACCUCCAGCUGAGCCUAGUCCAUUCCAACCUGAUCCAGUGGACCAGGUGCUUUUUGAUAACGAUUUUGACCUGGAAUCUCAAAGAAAAAGAACAACAUCUGUCAGCAAAAUGCAGAAAAUGGACACUUCCCUUCCUGAAGAAGAAGAGGAAGAAGAAAAAAUAGCAAUUAAUGGUAAUGGAGGAACAGAAAUCAAAGAGCGACAUUUGGACUCUUCUGAUUGGAUGAAACCUGUUCCUAGUUACAGUCAGACAAAUAGUUCUGUGGAUUUCAAAAAUUAUUUAUCGAGGGAAGAAAACUUAGAGCCUCUGCCCAAGAACUGGGAGAUGGCCUACACAGAUACUGGAAUGAUCUAUUUCAUUGACCACAAUACAAAAACUACCACCUGGCUGGAUCCUCGUCUGUGUAAAAAGGCCAAAGCCCCUGAAGACUGUGAAGAUGGAGAGCUUCCUUAUGGCUGGGAGAAAAUAGAAGAUCCUCAGUAUGGAACCUACUAUGUUGAUCACAUCAACCAGAAAACUCAAUUUGAAAACCCAGUUUUGGAAGCAAAACGGAAAAAACAGCUAGGACAGACUGAUGGAGGCUUGUCAAAUCCAGAACAAGCAAAACCUUUCUUUACUCGAGAUCCAUCCCAGUUGAUAGGGACACUAAUACGAACAUCACUGAAGAAAAGUACUAUGGGAUUUGGAUUCACAAUAAUUGGUGGAGAUAGACCAGAUGAAUUUCUACAGGUGAAGAAUGUAUUAAAGGACGGACCUGCUGCACAUGAUGGCAAAAUUUCAUCAGGUGAUGUCAUUGUAGAUAUAAAUGGUACAUGUGUCCUUGGCCAUACCCAUGCUGAUGUUGUCCAGAUGUUUCAAUUAGUUCCCAUCAAUCACUAUGUGAAUAUGACGUUGUGUCGUGGAUAUCCUCUGCCUGAUGAAAGUGAAGAUCCUGUUGUAGAUAUUGUUACAGCCACUCCUGUCUUAAAUGGCCAGCCAGUUACAAAAGGAGAUACCUGUAUACUCAGCCAGGAUUUAAUCCCAGGAACAGUGAUUUUGGAUCACAAUAGUAAAACUGGACAUAUAUUAGUCAAUGGACGCCUGAAUGGUCCUUCAGCAAUAGACUUUGGAGAAGAAAGGGCUACAGGGUCUUCUUCAGGAUGUUCUCAAACAGAAAUGGUCACUAUUCCUCUAAUCAAGGGACCUAAAGGUUUUGGAUUUGCAAUAGCUGAUAGCCCUGCAGGACAAAAGGUGAAGAUGAUUUUAGACAGCCAGUGGUGUCAUGGACUUCAGAAAGGGGAUGUAAUUAAAGAGAUUUAUCAUCAGAAUGUACAGAAUUUAACACACAUCCAGGUAGUAGAAGUACUGAAGCAGUUCCCAGUUGGAGCAGAGGUGCCACUGCUUAUCCUAAGAGGAGGACUUUCCUCACCUACAAAAACUCCCAGUAUUGAUAAUAAAAUAAAUAAAGAGGAAAAUUCAGGAAGCUUAGAGGCCAUUGGUGAGCCUGUUCCACAUCCAAUGCCUUUUCUACCUACUUCUGUGAAGUCAUCUUCUCCAAAGCUUGACCCUUCCGAGGUUUAUCUGAAAUCUAAAAUAUUAUUUGAAGAUAAGCCUCCAAACACAAAAGAUUUAGAUGUUUUCCUUCGAAAGCAAGAAUCUGGGUUUGGUUUCCGAGUUCUUGGAGGAGAUGGUCCAGAUCAGUCAAUCUACAUUGGCGCAAUCAUCCCACUGGGAGCAGCAGAGAAAGAUGGUAGACUCCGUGCUGCUGAUGAGCUUGUAUGCAUUGAUGGAAUCCCAGUGAAAGGGAAAUCACAUAAGCAAGUUCUGGAUUUAAUGACAAGUGCUGCACGAAAUGGACAGGUGUUGCUGACCGUUCGCAGGAAAAUCUACUUUGGUGCUGAUAAACAACCAGAAGAAGAAAUAACAUCUGAAGUUCCUUUCAUCUCCCAGAGUGGCUCUCCUAGACUUAACCGAGAAGAGAUAAUCAACAAACGGUUCCCAGAAGCUUAUGAUGUAGUACUGCAACGAAAGGAGAAUGAAGGAUUUGGUUUUGUGAUCCUUACCUCAAAGAAUAAACCACCACGUGGUGUGAUUCCUCAUAAGAUUGGACGUGUUAUUGAUGGCAGUCCAGCUGAUCAUUGUGGAAGACUGAAAGUAGGAGACAGAAUUUCUGCAGUGAAUGGACAAUCAAUCAUCGACUUGUCACAUGAAAAUAUUGUGCAGCUGAUCAAAGAUGCAGGGAAUACUGUCACACUCACUGUUAUUGCUGAAGAAGAGCAUCGUGGUCCCCCAUCAGGAGCAAACUCCGCCAGACAAAGUCCAAUUGUACAGCAUCGAGUUCUUGGACCAGUUCCAGCUUCUUCUGUGUCUACUGACAGGGGUGCUACAGAAGCUGAUAGCGGAAAAGAACAAUGCAACAAUUACAAGCACUUCUCAUUAACUGAAGUUGUUGCAUCUCUUGGAGGGAGCACACAUUCUCAGAAUCCUGGAUGUUAUCCAGUAGAACUGGAGAGAGGUCCUCGAGGCUUUGGAUUUAGCCUUCGUGGAGGAAAAGAAUAUAAUAUGGGGCUAUUUAUUCUUCGACUUGCUGAGGAAGGAUCUGCCAUUAAAGAUGGGAGAAUUCAUGUUGGUGACCAGAUUGUUGAAAUCAAUGGUGAACCAACACAAGGAAUUACCCAUACUCGAGCCAUUGAAUUGAUUCAGUCUGGAGGAAAUAAAGUUCUUCUCCUUUUGCGACCAGGGACUGGAUUAAUACCAGACCAUGGUGGUCUGGAUAAUUUUAAUCCAGUAUCCUCAAGUGUAACACAUCGUGAACAGACUUCACUUCCCUCAUCAUCACAUUCUGCUUUCACAUCUGAAGCAUCUCAUUUGCCAGAAUCAGAAGCUCUAAUGAAAUGCCAGAUGUCUGAGAAACUAGAAAAACUGAAGAAUACUGUGCCUGAAAAGAAAAGCACUUUAAUGGAAAACCAUUUGGAGAUAAAGAAAACAGUUUGUCCACAAAGGCAAGUGAACAAAUGGGACCACAGUUUCAUUCCGGAUAAUAAAAUGAUGCACAGUACUGCACAAUUAGCAUCGGGCAAUGCAGCCAGUAAAAGCCGAUCAGCUAGUCCCCAGAAGUUGAGCAAUAGUCCUUCCAGAGCUCCUAAUCAACUUCCAUUCAAUACAUCUAAGAAAAGUGAAACUAAACAUCUAGCUGAGAAUUGCUUAGACCACUUACAGAGUCCAAAAAGAAAUGAAAGUGGUAAUUUGGGAAUCUUUGAGAAUGCUGAUAUAGAGAAAAUCUUGGCCAAGGAGAAAAGAGAUCAAUCUGUUAGUCCCCAAAAAUAUCCAAAGAGAGAAAGAAGCAGAGAAAAACUUAACCUAGACUUUCAAAGCAAAACAGCUGCUAAUGAUAUAAGUUCUAGUAGGCUGUUAAAAACUGAAAAGGUAAAAUUAGGAGUCACAAACGAACUAACAAAGCCAAAUUUAUCUACAAAGAACUCAAAAUGUCCUUCAGAGAUACAGUAUGCCAAGGUAGAAGAGCAGUUUCUCUCACUUUCUAAGACUAAUCAGCCUGGAAAGAAAAUCUUGGAAGAUGAGAAUAUGAAAAGUUCUAAGCAAUUUCAGAAGUCAGGUCUUCCUGAUGAUUCACUGAUUUCUGUGGAUAAAAACUCUAGACUUGAAGCUGAUGAGCCUCUUUUCUUGAACAAAUUUACAGAUAACUUGGAGCUAUCUGAUAAAACCAAAGACGAUGGAAUGUCCAAAUCCGACAGUUCUCCGGUAAAGAAAACAAUAGUUCCUGGACCUUGGAAAGUACCAAGUACAAGUCGAGUCACAAAAGCAAUGGGUUUGACUAACAAACGGGUUUGAAUGACCAACUUUUUUAAGAACAUAUUUUAAUCAGGUUUUUAAAUGUAGUCAUAAACUUUUCCCCAGAAAACUCAUAUUUUUUUUAGACACUGUGAUUGACAGAAUGGAAAGUACAUUUGAUUUGAUCUUUUAUUAGGCUGCAUGAAGGACCUUUUUGGAUUGCUUAUGAGAAACUCUUCAAAAGCUGUUGUCUUUUGUCUCCUUUGAAGAUGGUGUCCUGCUGCUCCUGAUGUUGCACUGCUAAGAUUUUCUGAUAGUAUUGUAUGUUAAUGAACAUUAUUUAAUGCCUAUUAGUGGAUCAUAACUCACUACUUGUUCUCGUGCCAAGUUAUCUACUGUAGCCCAUUGAAUCUUUUCCUUCAUUUUCCACUGCCACAGAAAAGGGUUUUCUUUAAAAUGGGUGUUUACUCAGGCAUGCUGCAUGUUUACAUAGGAAAUACUUCUAAGUUCUCACAGCUAAAGGAAAGGCAGGGUGGGUGUGAUUUUCUUGACUCUGGAGAGUCAGAAAGUUAACAUACACUCAGUUGCCUUUUUCACAAAUCUUUUCUUUCCUUCCCAAACUUCUCAAUUUGCAAAAUAACUGUAAAAAAGAUAGUAGCCCUUUAUCAAUAAAUAUGUGACAGCUUACUAUUUUAUUCUAUGGUGAUUUUAAUAUUUUAUCUGUGAUACAAAUUAAAUCUUAGAAUUGGGCAGUUUGGAAAGCACAUUUGAUGAAAUGAAAUUAUGAGAGCAAACAUUUCAGGCACCUAAUCAAAUUAUUUCCUGAUACUUGUUAUAACACGUUAACAUUAGAAAUUAAACGUGCAAUGCAUAUGUUUCUUAGAUUUCUGUCUGCUAUUCAAAUGAAUUUCCACCUACUGUUGGUUGUUUUUUGGGUCAAUGCUGGCUAAAUACUUGAACAUUUGUUGCCUUGCUCAAACAUUUUAAAAUCUUAAAUCCCAACAAGCAAAAUAAAUCAGAACUUAUCCACCAAAAUAAAAUUCUUAAGUAUUGUCCUUGUGCCUAUUAACAGAAGCCUGUUACACUGGCUUCCAAGUUUGUAUAUAAAAGUACUUCCAAAUUUAAAAUGUCUCUAUGAAAUUUCUCAUUUGCUUGUGCAUGAUUAUCAUAACGGGAGGAAUGUUAUGGGUAUAGUACAUUAGUUCUUCAGGUGUAUAGGUCAUUGGAGUGGCAACCUCUAGAACAAUGAACUCUUCUAAUUUUUUAGGGAUUUUUGAGAGGGAUUAAAACUUCUGUGAAACUACAUCCCCCCCCCCAUAAUUUCAAACUGUUUCCAAAGAGGAUACAGCCUGCCACUUUGGAAGUGCUAGUGUUGCUUGCAGAUGAUUUUCUUCUUGUGCCAAUUCUAUUAGCCCAAUUUAUCAGAAACAUUCAGACCAAUAAAAGAUGAUACAUCAGCAUGCCAGUCAACUAUUAAAAAGCUAUGGACUUUCCAGAAAGAACUGUUAGUGACUAUGAGAAUGACUAAUGAAAAGGUUUAGGCCUAAAGCAAACAGAUUCAGUAGAUUAAAGUCAUUGAAGCUAUUUUGACCCACAGGAAAGCAAAAGAGCUUGAAAGCUACCUAUUAUUCAUCAUAUGACGACCACAUAUGACAUUCACAUAAACCAUGAUAGAACGUGAGUUUACCAAUGUGCAAAAUCCAUAUGUAAUAGCUCUGGACAAAAUUUCUAAGACUCAUUUUACUUAGGUACAUAUGAUGGAGCUUUAAACUUCUUCAAUAACAUUCUCCCCAUUACUGUUUAUUGAUUCCCAUUUCUUGAAAAUAGUUUGUAUAAUAGCUCAAACUGCAGUUCAGAUGCAGUUGAAUUAAAAACUCUAUUCCUUAGACUUGGACAUCUGAGUAUUUCUAUUGGAACGAAGUACUAAGACAAAUCAGUUGUAGAAGACAUCAACUUUUUUGAAAAAAAAAGUCAUCUGAUACAGCUUUUUAAUGUGUAUUAAUUGUGUGCUCUUAUCAUUUGCAAACUCAAAAGUUACUGUAGGAAGUAUAUGCAAAUAUAGAAUAUUACUGUGAAAAUAUUAAAUAUCUGAGUUAAACUACGGUAUGUACAUUAACUUGACAAAUAUCAUGAAGCAACCUUCAAAAAGGUUCUAUAUAUUUUGUCACAAAAUAAUAUUAAAUGAAAACUGCGGAAAUAUCAAAAUAAUAAAAUUGAAAUAACUUUAUUUUCCCACUAUUCAGAUACUGUUUAUCCAUUUAAUGAUGUGACCUAUUUUGUUGUCUUCUGUUUGAUGUGAGCCCUUUUUUCCAGAAACUUUAUAUCUGUAUUUAACUUGAUAAUAAUGAUUUAGCAAUGUGGCCUUGGAAUGUUCAGAAAAUAUGGUUGUAUUGGAUAUAAAUGUUUAUUUUGUACAGCACCUUUAUAUAUUCACUUCUCAGAUUCUGAUUAGAAAGAUCUGUAAAUCACUCAUUAUUUUUUAUAUAGAUACAUUAAAAAGAACAUCUGAUUAAUAACUUUGAUUCUUUGUUACCCCUCUUAAUGAAAAUUUUUCUCCUGUUGCUCUGUAAAUUAGAAUACCAUUAGACAAUGUAUAGUUUCCAUUGCACAAAUGGACUCUUUUCCAUGCUUUUAAUUGAGUAUUCUGCUGGUAUCUUUAGUUCUGGAAUAAUUUCCAAAUGAACAUGGCUCUCCAGCUAUUUAUCAUUUUGCAGAAAAGCCCCUCUGAACCUGGAGAUACUCUUAUAAUUUAAGGUUACAGACAGCAGUUAAUUUAGAAGAGUUUCUGAGACUCCCCUCUGCAACUGCCUUGGGAAGACUUGGGAAUGGCAUUUGGGAGGAUGUAGCAGGGAUAGGGUAAAUGGAGGAAUAAUUUGGAGACAGAUAUAAAGAGUGUACUGGGAGAUGAGGGAAACUGCUCUGUUAAUAGGAAAAUAUGGAUUGUAUGAUUUUUUGGGAGAAAAAAAUUAAAACACUUUGAUUUUAGAUCACAUUAACUGGAAGCACAUUGAGAGCUUGAUAAGAUUGACACAAAUAAAAGAAUGAAUUUGUA